AAUCGAAGCAGGGGAGAAGAGCUGUCAAGAUACUUGAAUCCGUCUGGCUAGCUGGUGAUGCGUAAAGUCACUAUACCCUCGUCCAGAGCAGGGGCAUCCCCAGCUCCAGACUACUGGAUAGAUGGAUCGAAGAAGGAGACCCUGGCUGACUACUAUGAGUUGGAGUCCGAAUUGGGACGGGGAGCGACGUCGGUGGUGUGCAGAUGUCGACAGAAGGGAACACUGAAGCCGUACGCAGUGAAAACACUGAAGAAAACAGUGGAUAAGAAGAUAGUAAGGACAGAGAUAGGUGUUCUACUUCGACUCUCUCACCCAAACAUUAUCAAACUAAAAGAGAUCUUCGAGACCCCUUCAGAGAUCAGUCUGGUCUUGGAGCUUGUGACUGGAGGAGAGCUAUUUGAAAGGGUUGUGGAGAAGGGCUUCUACACUGAGCGGGAUGCUGCUGAUGCUGUCAUACAAGUAUUAGAAGCUGUUGCAUACCUGCAUGAGAACGGCGUGGUGCACCGGGACCUGAAACCUGAGAACCUCCUAUACGCUACCGCAGCACCAGAUGCUCCCCUCAAAAUAGCUGAUUUUGGUUUGUCGAAGGUCAUCGAUGAUCAGGUCACAAUGAAGACUGUUUGUGGUACACCAGGAUACUGUGCCCCAGAGAUUCUGCGAGGAAGUGCUUAUGGACCUGAGGUUGACGUGUGGUCGGUGGGAGUUAUCACGUAUAUCUUGCUAUGUGGCUUUGAACCGUUCUUCGAUGAAAGAGGGGACCAGUACAUGUUCAAGAGGAUCCUCAACUGUGAAUAUGAGUUUGUCUCCCCCUGGUGGGACAAUGUGUCUUUCAACGCCAAGGACCUGGUGAGAAAGCUAAUUGUCCAGGAUCCAAAUAAACGGCUGACGACCUUGCAAGCGCUGGAACACCCCUGGGUGACUGGGAAGGCAGUUAACUCAGCCCAUAUGGACACUGCUCAGAAGAAACUGCAGGAGUUCAAUGCACGCCGAAAACUCAAGGCUGCAGUAAAGGCCGUGGUGGCUUCGUCACGAUUGGGCAGCGCUGGCAGUCACGGCAAUGCUGACAACAGCAAGAACAGCAAUUGCAACAACUCCGCCAAUCAGAAAGAGGCACAAGAGGAGCAGCCACGCAACGACCAAUCACAGUCAAAGAUCCAGGAAGGAUCCUAACUGUGGAUCUCCUCUGUCGUUGUGACCCUGUGCAGGCAUUCUACCCUCCUGUUGGACUGUGAAAUUGCUGAGAGGAGCUAUGUGGUCUCACCUUCUGUACUGGAGAUACUCUGCCUGGCUUUAUUGCAUGUGACUGAUUUAUUAAACGAUGUACAACCAUAUUGACUCGGUACAUUGGAACAACAUGCCUACAAGUAUUUAAAGUACGUGAAAUCAGAGUUUACUACUGCACAUUCCCAUUUCAUAACUCACACAAGUAGCUUCAUUGGAUGGUUCAUCUCUUCCAUUAUACCAUGUUAUAACUGCAAAAUGGCCUCCAAGUGUUCCCAGUAUUAAUUUGCCAGUUUGUAAAUGAAUUCAUAACAAUUGGCUGAUUAAGGAAUAGUAGAUCAUUAUGUGUUCUGGUAAUCAUCAUGCUGCUUUGGUGGCAGAAUAUAGACUGAAGAAUUGAUCUAGGUUGAUUUUCAAUACUGGCUGAGUAAGUCUACAGUAUCUGGAGAACGGGUUGGACACAUUUUCCAGGUGGUCAUAAAUUUAACCUUUAUUAUAACUUCUAAGGAGAAUGCCUUAUUAUAUCUUAUUAACUGGAUUUUACACUCCCUUUGUAAGAAAUAUUUCAUAUCUUAAGAAAUAGAUUAGAAACAUGUUAAAAUCAAUCAAUUGCACAAUGAUUGUAUUCAAAUUGACUUUCAAGGAACAUAAGGUUAUUUCAUAGUGUAGAGUUGUUUUAGCAUUAAGAACUUUUCACUUUUGUAUACCAAAAUAUGUUGUGUACAACUGAAAAGGCACCCCAGUUUUUAUUGCCAAAUACACCAUUUGCAGGGAAAUGGAUAAGUAGAUAACAUUUGAUUUGAUUUAGCUAUUCAGUGCCAAAAUUGGUUGAGGCUGCUGCUUUAUUUGAUAAAAAUAUCCCACCUCUGUCAUAUACAAUUGAAGAGGCUGUAAUCUUAGUGCAAAUAUUUAUCUCUCAUUAUAAACUGGGUGGUUCGAGCCCUGAAUGCUGAUUGGCUGACAUCAGUGGUAUAUCAGACCGU